UAGGUGAAGGAGUUAUCAUUCCCAAUUAUUACUAGCUAGGAGAUUGGAACUUGGAAAACAAUGCAUCCAAUACUAGCCUUUGUUUUACUCCUCCCCCUCUUCUUACUACUAAGCAUAACCAAAAGAGCUCUCUCCAAGAAGCCCAAUUUCCCCCCUUCCCCUCCAAGGCUUCCUCUCAUAGGGAACCUCCACCAACUCGGCUCGCUCCCUCAUCUCUCUCUCACCUCUCUCUCGAAGAAGUAUGGUCCCCUCAUGCUUCUCCGCCUUGGCGAGAUCCGAACACUUAUCGUCUCCACGCCUGACAUGGCACGUGAGGUCAUGAAGACCCAUGACCUAAGUUUUGCGAACCGACCUACGUCGAAGGUCACGGAGAUCCUCCUCUACAACAACAUGGACGUGGGUUUCUCACCUUACGGUGAGUAUUGGAGGAAUGUAAGAAAGCUUUGCACCAUUCACCUCCUAAGUUCGAAAAGAGUGCAGUCUUAUCAUCUUAUGAGGGAGGAGGAAGUCGCGUUCAUGGUACAAAAGAUAACACAAUGUUCUUCCCUGAGAGUAAUAGAUAUGAGUGAAGUUUUAUACUCCUUUGCAAACGAUACAAUUUGUAGGGUGGUCUCGGGGAAGUUCUCUAGAGGAGGGGGAAGAAACGAACUCUUUCGUGAGAUUUUCGAGGAGAAUUCUUAUCUUCUGAGUGCGUUUAAUGUAGGGGACUACUUUCCUCGGUUAGCAUGGUUGGGUGUGUUCUUCGGAUUGAGUUCGAGGGCGAGAAGGAACUUCGAGAGAUUGGAUGAUCUACUUGAUGAGGUGAUUGUAGAGCAUGAGGAUCGAAAGAAGGUUGACGAGGAAAAGGACUUUGUUGAUGUGUUGCUCUCUCUCCAGAAAGAUUCGAAUUUGGAUUUCAAGUUGGAGAAAGAUCACAUGAAAGCAAUUUUGGCGGAUAUGUUCGGUGCAGGAACAGAGACAACUUCUAUAACCUUAGAAUGGGCCAUGGCGGAGAUUGUACGAAACUUCAAAGUAAUGAAAAAACUACAAGAUGAGGUGAGAGGGAUUGUUGGCAAAAAUCACGUGGUUAGAGAGGAUGACUUGAACUCGAUGACUUACUUGAAGGCCGUGGUUAAAGAAACUUUGCGGUUGCACCCUCCAGCUCCACUGUUAAUACCGAGAGAAUCAAUCGAAGAUCGCUACAUAAAAGACUACUUCAUUCCAAAGAAAACUCGAGUGAUCGUCAAUGGAUGGGCUAUUAAUAGAGACCCCGAAUUUUGGGAGGAACCAAAUGAGUUUCGUCCCGAGAGAUUUAUCGAUAGCUCGGUCGAUUUCAAAGGUAACGAUCUCCAGUUCAUUCCUUUUGGGGCAGGUCGAAGGAUAUGUCCAGGAAUUCAAUUCGCGGUGUUGAAUAUAGAGCUCGCAUUGGCUAAUCUCAUUCAUCGGUUCGAGUGGGAGUUGCCUCAUGGAUUGAGAAGAGAAGAAUUGGACAUGAAUGAGAAACCUGGACUUGUGACUCGUCGGGCCGAAAAACUUCACUUAGUUGCGAAACCUUGUUUGCCCUAGAAAGAAGUUGUUAGCUAAAUGAUGGUACCAUUCUCGUUGGAAUGAUCUUGUUGUAGUUUGUCGCUUGGAAUGCAUGUAAAAUCUUUGUAUAUUUGCGAUUAAUAUUCGAAAAUUAAUUUGAAGAGAUGAUUCGUAUAUCA